UUCACAAGAUUUACACUAUAAACUAACACUGGACAAGUUUCAAAAUUAGCCUUCGCUAGAUUUAACUGGGGAACAAAGGGAAAAGAAGGAAGGAAAGAAAAAAAAAAGAAAGAAGGGAAGGAGGGAGGGAGGAAGGGAGGGAGAAAGAGAGAAAGAAAAAAAGGAUACCAGCCCUUGGAUGUUUCAAAGUUGCUGCUUCGAUACACAGGUCAAAACCUGCCAGAGUGAUUUACCAUCUCAGAACAAUUUGUCCACUUCAUUUAGAAAUUAGAAGUACAUUUUGACCAAUAAAUCUAAAUUUAUUUUGCAAUAGUCAUUUUUUCUUAAUGGGAGUGUUUUCCAGAUGUUGCCUAAGUCUAGUCGUCUGGGCCCUCUUCCAAUAAAUGAGGAAAGUUUGAUUUCAUAGGUUGUCACUGUUGAUUUUGUCUAACCUUUGAACUAAUUGGUUCAUCCCAAUAUGUUUGCCCUGAUAAAUAAGACUUCCAGGACAUUGGAGGGAUUCAUCUAUCCUUUGACUCCUUUGACGGGUAAGUGUCAAAGUUAACUUGCUUCAUGGAAUUAAAUGUGCUUUCGGUUCAACAGGGAUAUACCUUAUUAAAGAUGUUUGAAAAAGAUUUACAGGGAUAGUAGUUAGAAAGCUUUGAAAAGAAUCACAGUUAUGCAAUACACCUGUUGGAUUCUUAUAAAUUUAUGAGUUAAAGGAAAGUUGGAAUGAUAACACUGUUUGUUAAACUAAAUUUUACUGAAGCUGUUUUUUUCCCCCAAGAUGAGAUUUAACCUUUGCACUGUAAGUACACGCUAUAAUUUGAAUAGAGUUUAAGAUAAGUCUAUUUUCAAUUUUGGGAAUUUCUAAAGUAUUAAGAGGGUCAGUAACAGGACUGAGAUGGUGACUUGAUGAUAUAUGCUGCCUAUGAUGAAAUCUGAUGAUCAAAUAUUUAUUUUAAAAUUAAAACUGAUUACUUUAAAAAGUUGUUUCAAGAAUAGGAUGGUUUUAUUAUUAAAUUGCAUUUUAAAAGUUACCGAAAUAUUGUAUGUAGCAAGGGCAUGUACCAGCACUGAGAUUAAAGAGUUUUUUAAAACUUCCUUUUUAUUUUCAGCAAAAGCACAGUACCUGAAAGCAACCAUGAAGUGGAAAAUACUUCCUAUUUACUUGCUGCUGCUACUUUCUGUUUUCUUGAUUCAGCAAGUUUCUUCUCAAGAUUUAUCAAGCUGUGCAGGGAGAUGUGGGGAAGGGUAUUCUAGAGAUGCUGCCUGCAACUGUGAUUAUAACUGCCAAUACUACAUGGAGUGCUGCCCUGACUUCAAGAAAGUCUGCACUGUGGAGCUCUCCUGUAAAGGCCGCUGCUUCGAGUCCUUCAGGCGAGGGAGAGAAUGUGACUGUGACUCAGAAUGUAAGAAGUUUGGCAAGUGCUGCCCUGAUUAUAACAGUUUCUGUGAAAAAGCGCAUAACCCCACCUCACCACCGUCUUCAAAGACCACACCUCCAGUUCCAGCAGCAUCUCUCAACAUCAGAUCAGCCACCAAACGUUCACCUAAAUCACCAAACAAGACUGAGAAAGUUAUAGAAUCACAGAAAAUAACAGAAGAACAUUAUGUUUCUGAAAAUCAAGAGUCCUCCUCCUCCUCCUCUUCAAGUACUCGGAAAAUCAAGUCUUCCCAAAAUUCAGCUGCUAAUUCAGAAUUAAAGAAGAAACCCAAAGUAAAAAAUAACAAGAAGAAAAAAACUCCUAAAAAGAGACCUGCCCCAGAACUACCAGUUGUAGAGGAAGCUGGAAGUGGACUGGAUAGUGAUUUCAAGCUCGCUCCAACUACCUACAUUUCUACCACCCAGAGCAAUAAAGUUACUACACCUCCCAAGAUCACAUCAGCAAAACCAAUAAAUCCUAAACCCAGUCUUCUACCUAAUCCUAAUACAAGUGCUGUUAAGGUUACAUCCAAAGAGACACCUUCAACAGCCAGUAAAGAGACAACAGCAGAAACUGAAAAGACUGGUACAACAAAUAAACAGAUUUUGACUAGCACAGAAGAGACUACUUCAGCUAAAGAGAUACAAAGUACAGAGAAAACAUCUGCUCCCACAUCUGAAGUGCCUGCUAAACCUACACCCAAAGGUGAAACUACAACCAAAGCCCCUUCUCUCACCACCACAAAGGAGCCCACACCCACAACCACCAAGGAGUCAGUUCUCACCAUCCCCAAGGAAUCUGUACCCACCACCCCCAAGGAGCCAGCUCCCACUACCCCCAAGGAACCCGUGACCACCACCACCAAGGAGCCCACGACCACCACUACCAAGGAACCAGCUCCUACCACCCCUAAGGAAUCAGCUCCCACUACCCCCAAGAAGCCUGUGACCACCACUCCCAAGGAGCCUGCGACCACCACCACCAAAGAGCCCACAGCCACCAGCACCAAGGAGCCUAUGAUCACCACUCCCAAGGAACCAGCUCCCACUACCCCCAAGGAGCCGGUGACCACCACCACCAAGGAGCCCGUGAUCACCACUCCCAAGGAACCAGCUCCCACUACCCCCAAGGAGGCUGUGACCACCACCACCAAGGAGCCCGUGAUCACCACUCCCAAGGAACCAGCUCCCACUACCCCCAAGGAGCCCGUGGCCACCACUCCCAAGGAACCAGCUCCCACUACCCCCAAGGAGCCAGUCACCACCACCACCAAGGAGCCCGUGACCACCACUCCCAAGGAACCAGCUCCCACUACCCCCAAGGAGCCCGUGACCACCACCACCAAAGAGCCCACAGCCACCAGCACCAAGGAGCCUGUGACUACCACUCCCAAGGAACCAGCUCCCACUACCCCCAAGGAGCCUGUCACCACCACCACCAAAGAGCCCACAACCACCAUCACCAAGGAGCCUGUGACUACCACUCCCAAGGAACCAGCUCCCACUACCCCCAAGGAGCCCGUGGCCACCACUCCCAAGGAACCAGCUCCCACUACCCCCAAGGAGCCCGUCACCACCACCACCAAGGAGCCCGUGACCACCACUCCCAAGGAACCAGCUCCCACUACCCCCAAGGAGCCCGUGACCACCACUCCCAAGGAACCAGCUCCCACUACCCCCAAGGAGCCCGUCACCACCACCACCAAAAAGCCCACAACUACCACCACCAAGGAGCCUGUGACUACCACUCCCAAGGAACCAGCUCCCACUACCCCCAAGGAGCCGGUGACCACCACUCCCAAGGAACUAGCUCCCACUACCCCCAAGGAGCCCGUGACCUCCCCCACCAAGGAGCCCGUGACCACCACCACCAAGGAGCCCACAACCACCACCACCAAGGAGCCUGUCACUACCACUCCUAAGGAACCAGCUCCCACUACCCCCAAGGAGCCGGUGACCACCACUCCCAAGGAACCAGCUCCCACUACCCCCAAGGAGCCCGUGACCACCACCACCAAAAAGCCCACAACUACCACCACCAAGGAGCCUGGGCCCACCACCCCCAAGAAGCCUGCACCCACCACCCCCAAGAAGCCAGCUCCCACCACCCCUAAGGAACCAGCUCCCAUCACCCCCAAGGAGCCAGUUCCCACCACCCCCAAGGAGCCAGCUCCCACCACCCCCAAAGAACCAGCUCCCACCACCCCCAAGGAGCCAGUUCCCACCACCCCCAAGGAGCCAGCUCUCACCACCCCCAUGGAGCUCUCACCCACCAACCCCAUGACGCCCACUCCCACUAUCCCCAAGGAGCCAGUGACCACCACCCCUGAGAAUCCAGCAACCACCUCGGCUAAGGAGCCCGCUCCAACCAUCCCUGAGGAGCCUGCUUCCACCAUCCCCAAGGAUCUGACUCCUACUAUCCCUGAGGAGCCCACUCCAGCUACUCCUGAGACACCUGCUCCAACCACCUCAGAGUCCUCUACUUUAACUAUCACCAUGGAGCCUCCCUCCACCCCCACGAUUCCUGCUAAACCAACUCCUGAGUUACCUGCAGAACCCACAUCAAAGUCUACUGAAGACAGUCCCAAGGAACUUGCUGUACCUAUAACCAAGGCUCCUGAAGUGGCCAAACCUGAAAUGACUACAGCACCUGAAAUUACAACUGCUGCACCUAAGAUGACAACAAAAAAAACCACAACUACAACAGAAGAAAAGACUACUGAAUCUAAAAUAACAAGUACAACCAUGCAAGGAACAACUAUCACAACUGAAGAUACUACAUUAGCCAAAACAACUCUUAAAGCAACAACUACACCCCAAAUAACUACUACAACAAAAAAGGCAAUGACUACGACUGAGAUUAAGAAACCUGAAGAAACAACAGCUAUACCAAAAGAUACAGCUACUAAUUCUGAAGUUACAACUCCUAAACCUCAAAAGCCAACCAAAGCACCCAAAAAGCCAACUUCUACCAAAAAGCCAAAGACAACACCUAAAGUGAGAAAACCAAAGAUUAGACCAACUCCUUCAAAGAUGACUACCACAAUGCCUGAAUUGAGCCCUACCUCUGAAGCCACCACCAGCCCUAACAAAGCUCCAAACACAGAAAUAAUUUGGACAAAUCCAAAGAAUGAAGACAUAGGUGCUGCUGAAGGAGAAAAACCUCACAUGAUUCUCAGGCCCCCGGUGUUAAGACCUACGGUUAUUUCAGGCAUUGAUUCCUUAGUGAGACCCCAUCAAGGCAUUAGCGUCAACCUCAUGUUUUCAGAUGAAACUAAUUUAUGCAAUGGUAUACCAGUAGAUGGACUGACGACUUUGCGCAAUGGGACAUUAGUUGCAUUUCGAGGUCAUUAUUUCUGGAUGCUAAGUCCAUUCAGGCCACCCUCUCCACCUCGUAGAAUUACUGAAGUUUGGGGUAUUCCCUCCCCCAUUGAUACCGUUUUUACUAGGUGCAACUGUGAAGGAAAAACUUUCUUCUUUAAGGAUUCUCAGUACUGGCGUUUCACCAACGAUAUUAAAGAUGCAGGGUAUCCCAAACAAAUUGUGAAAGGAUUUGGAGGACUAAAUGGAAAAAUAGUGGCAGCUCUCUCGAUAGCCAGAUACAAAAACAGGCCUGAAUCUGUGUAUUUUUUCAAGAGAGGUGGCAGCGUUCAGCAGUAUACAUACAAACAGGAGCCCGUCCAAAAGUGCACUGGAAGAAGGCCUGCUAUCAAUUAUCCAGUAUACAGAGAAAUGAUACAGAUCAGGCGACGUCGCUUUGAGCGAGCUAUAGGACCUUCUCAAACACAUACCAUCAGAAUUCACUACUCUCCCGUGAGAGUCACUUAUCAAGACAAAGAUUUUCUCCACAAUGAAGUUCCAGUGAGUACACUGUGGAGAGGACUCCCAGCUGUGGUUACCUCAGCUAUAUCACUGCCCAACAUCAGAAAACCUGACGGCUACGAUUACUACACCUUUUCUAAAGAUCAAUACUACAACAUUGAUGUGCCUAGCAGAACAGCGAGAGCAAUUACUACUCGUUCUGGGCAGACUCUAUCCAAAGUGUGGUACAACUGCCCUUAG